GACUCGCUUGCCCAGUCCCCCCAACCUACCCUGAGGAGGAGGGUAAGAUCUCCAAAGCGCCCCUAAAUUUGUAAGAUUUUACGUAGGCGCCUUCACGGCCCCAUUCAUUCCCAUAGUAGUCACUGAAUAUACUGGUGCCGGCGCCUCCCUCUACCCAGCCCUUAAGGGCGGGAGCUGGUCCAGUGACGUUCAGCGAAUUCGGAAGAAUUCGGUCUUCUGGCUGAAGCUUCCCGGCUCCUCUACAGUUGAGAGUUCUAGUUCCGACUCCCACAGCCGGAGUCCGAAGAGUCCUCCCUGGGUCCCGGACCGUGCCGGCCUAAGCCGCUGGAGCCGGGACCUGAUCUUUGCGCGCACAGAGCAGCUGCAAAGAGGAGCCUGGGCGGUGCCGGGUGCGGGGCGGGGAUGUAGGCGGUGUCCAGCCAGGCCAGCUCCUCCAUUGGUCCCGCGGGUCAGGGGCAGGCUUCAGAGCCUCGGUCCGCACUGUAAGUUCACAUCCCGGGUCGCGUCCCACUGCCGAGCUGUCCUGUUCCUGAGCUUUCGCGUCCGCGGGUCGAUCGUCUAUGCGCCUCACGCCCUGGACCAGGUCGAGAAUUCCAAGGACAAGAUCAAAGCCCAUUGCUGCCAAAACGAUCUCUACUUUUCUGCCUCCAAUUUUUAGAAAAGAAUUUUCAACUCCAGAAAGAAAGCAACUUUUGUUAUCUCAACUCCCUGACUUCAUUGGCCUUUGAUGUUCCUUUUCGUAAUUCCUUUGGCCAACUUUGAUCACACCUCGAACUCUAGUCUUUAGGUCUCUGGCAAGUGUUUGAUGUCUGAAAACCACUGGCUGAAGCCAGUGUUUCAGGUUGAGGGUGUUAAGCAGAGGCAGUGUGAACGGUGGGCCGGGCAGCCAGGCCUGGGUAGUGAGGUCACCAUGUCCACCAAGGUCCCCAUCUAUCUGAAGCGCAGCAGCCGCAAGGGCAAGAAGGAGAAGCUACGGGACUUGCUGUCCUCCGACAUGAUCAGCCCACCGCUCGGAGACUUCCGUCACACCAUUCAUAUUGGCAGUGGUGGUGGCAGUGAUAUGUUUGGGGACAUCUCUUUCCUGCAGGGCAAGUUUCACCUCUUACCAGGAACAACCAUAGAGGAGCCAGAGGAGGAUGGCAGCUUUGACCUCCCCUUCCAGUUCACCCACACUGCCACCAUUUGUAGACGGGAGCUUCCUGAUGGGCCAUCACCUCUGCUGAAGAAUGCCAUCUCCCUCCCAGUCAUUGGUGGGCCCCAGGCCCUCACUCUGCCCACAGCCCAAGCUCCACCCAAGCCCCCUCGCCUGCACCUAGAGACAUCACAGCCUUCCCCACAGGAGCCAGGCAGUGUGGACAUCUGGAGGAUUCCAGAAGCUGGCUCGCCCCACAAUAGGCUGACCCCAGAGUCAGAAUCCGAGGAGCCCUUCCUGUCCCAUGCCAGCUCAUUGCUGUCCCUGCAUGUGGACCUGGGGCCUUCCAUUCUGGAUGAUGUUCUCCAGAUCAUGGAUCAGGACCUGGACCGUAUGCAGAUUCCUACAUAGGACGCUCGGCUGACCAUGCAGGGCACCCAGGUUGGGGUGAUGCUGGGAGUCAGGGUGUGGACACAGUCCACCUGUGGCCAGUGGCCACUAAUUCUUAGUUUGAGCCUUUGUUUCCCACCCUCCUGCCCUCUCUCCUGGGGAACAAUGUGCCUCACUGAUUUCCCCUAACAACCUGCUGAGGACAUAUGCAGAUGUCAGCCCCCUAAUGUGCCCUCUUCGUGCCCUGCCCCAUCCCUUCUUCACAUGACCAGGAGAUUCUGGUUGCAAUAAAACAUGCUGCUGCCGGUGGCAGAGCAGCCAGUUCCCUUGCCCGGGCUUCCUCCUGAAGGUGGGUCAGUUUCUGGGAGCUGUGGGCUCACCUGGGUAAGACUCACCCCAGAGGGCUCAGUGAGGGCAGGCCCUUCCCUCAGCAGGGUUGUACCUGCUUCUGAGCCUGUGGAGAGAAUGAAGCAGGAACAAAUCAAGUGUCAGUAAUGGAUAUGCAGGCACGGAUUCAGGUGUCUGGUAAGAGGUGGCUGAGUCUGGGUCCAGUCCUUGCCCUGGUGGCUGGGAUCUGCCAGGGAAGAGCCAAGAGUGAUGGAAUAACCAUAAGCCUUGUGCAAGGGGCCAACAGCUCCAGCGCCAGGGGGCUGAGCACACAGAAGGAGGGAUGGGCCCAGCCUGGGAGGGAUCUGACAACGCUGACCAAUGGACUAGCCCAUCAGCAGCUGUUUGUUGAGCACCUACUGUCUACUUGGCAUGGCCAGGUUCUGGAAAUGAAAGGCAAUGUGAUCCCUGCUGUCUUAGAGCUCACAUUCUGGUGGGGAGAAGGGUAUUAGCUAUGUAUACUAGUAAGAGACGAUUUCUAGCCUGGUGAAUGCUAGAAAACAAAGCAAUCAGAAGCCUGGGGAGAGGGGUGCCCCCAGCUGAGGCAGUGGUGUCAGGGAACAUUUAGGUGACAGAUGUGAUUCUGAGCCAACAGCAAAGGCACUGAGGCCCCAAAGUGAAGGACAGAGAACAGCCACUGUGGGAGAGAGCAAGGAGCAUGGACCUCUGAGUUACAUCUACACUGUGUGAGACUAUUUAUCUCUAACUAGAAUCAAUAACUGCCUUGCAGGGUUGUUGGGAAAGUUAAGGAUAACUGAUUAAUUUCCACAUGAAAGAUAUUAAAAAAUGGUUGUGACACAUGACACAAGAACUUGGGACUUGGGAAAGGCAGGACUGUGAAGGUGGAAAACGGUGGUGUCGGCUGAGAAACUUCAGUGCUUAUGAGGCUGGAGCUGGGGGAUUUGAGAUAGGGGAAACACAGUCAGUUGAGAAUGUCACCAUCUGGCUGAAUGGAGGAUGGGGGCAGCCACUGCAGGCAAGGGAGGGGUACUCAACCGAAGUGGGGGACAGAGAGGAGCAGGAUAUGCCAAGGUGGGCUAAGCGCCUGGUACAGACCACAAGUUCAGUUCACAGUGGCCCCGUUCUUCCCCUCGGCCCUUAUUCAUCCUUUAGACCCAGACUCUCACCCCACCCCCAUCAUUUCUGGCCUCCAGGAAGGGAUUUCAUAUGGAGGCAGAAUUUGAGCAGGUGCUGCAUUUUUUUUUUUUUUUUGGUACCAGCGAUCAAACUCAGGACCUUGUGCUUGCCAGGAAGGCGGCAGCACCACUGAGCUAAAUGCCCGGCCCCACGAUGAUCCAUUUUUUAAAAAUUACGGUAAAAGGUACAUAACAAAAUCUACCAAAGUUUUUGUUUUGUGGUACUAGGGACUGAACCCAGGGCUUGUGCAUGCUAGACACGUGCUCCACCAUGCAGUUAUGUUUCCAAUCUACCACUGUUAUGUGUACUUUUCGGUGGCAUUAAGUACACUUACAUCAUUCUGCAGCCAUUACCACCAUCCAUUUUCAGAAUGUUUUCCCAAACAAACUGUCCACAAUAAACCCUAACUCCUCAUUUUCCUCCCCCAUCUCCUUGCAGCCCCCAUUCUACUCUGUCUCUAUGAAUCUGACUACUCUAAGUACCUCUUAUAAGCAGAAUCACACAGCAUUUGUCUUUCUGUGACUGGCUUACUUCAAUUAGCAUGAGUCCUCAAAGGUUCAUCUGUGUUGUUGCAUGUGGCAGAAUUUCCCCCUUUUGAGGCUAAUAGUCCACUGUACAGACAGGUCAGAUUUUGUUUAUCCUCUGACACCUGUAUUGCUUCUACCUUUCAGCUAUUGUGAGCAAUGCUGCUAUGAACAUCGGUAUAUAAAUAUCUGUUCAAGACUCUGCUUUUAGUUUGGGGAUAUGCCCAGAAGCAGAACUGCUGAAUCACAUAGUAAUUUGUGAGGCAGGCGGCAGAACCACUGAGCUAAAUCCCUGGGGGUAAUUCAUUUUUAACUUUGUGAAGAACUGUCCAAUUGUUUCUCAUAGUGCCUGCACCAUUUUAUGUUACCACCACAUAUUUUGGUUUUCAUUUGAAUUUUUUAAUUUAAAGACUGGGGACUUCACUAUCUGCCGUGGGAUCUAAUCCCAGCUCUGUGGGACCCCAAAGCCUGUACUUGACCUAAACCUCUGCCCCACUGGGCUUCAGCCUGCAGGCCCUGAUGAAGUCCGAGGAGGCCCAGGGUAAGGGUAGGCGAAGGACAGCACCUUCGCUCCUGCAGAGCCCCAGCACUCUGGGCAGCUCCAGCUCCAUCCUCUUCUGCCUGAGAGGGGAAGACUACAAAAGACACCUUCUGAGAGCUUCCCCCAGCCAGAGAGCAGCGCCUCACCCUGGACCUGAGCUGAUGCCUCGCUAUUCCACGCUUUCUUCACCCAAGUCACUACCUCUUCAGGCGAGCCUUCACAAAGUUUCCUUUAAAUCAAGUGUUAAUUGAAGAUUAAUUGUGUUAACUGAAGACAGGAAUGGCAACAAAAAUGACAGUUAAGAAUGAUGAUGGGCUGGGGAUUUAGCUCAGUGGCACCGAACCUGCCUUGCAAGUGCAAGAUCCUGAGUUCAAUGCUCAGUAUCACCAAAAAAAAAAAAACCAAGAGAGAGAGAAUGAUCACAAAAGUGAUGAAA